AUGGCGAUGGUGAUACGUACGGCUCUGUCAAGCUUUCUCUCGGACACCAUCAAUGGCGGCCAUCUUGGGAAUGGGAGCUCCCGUGCUACUGGCCGCUGCCUUGGGGGCGGCCUGCGGGCUCCUGUUCUGGCUCCGGGUGGCCCGGAGGAGGCCGGCCGACGAUCCGAUGCGUGGCAUCCCGGGGAACAUGGGGUGGCCGGUGGUGGGCGAGACCUUCGCCUUCAUCGCCGCCUUCUCCAACCCGGCCGGCAUCCUGAGCUUCAUGCGGGAGCGGCAGGCGAGGUACGGCAAGGUGUUCAAGACGUACGUGCUGGGGCGGACGACGGUGUUCAUGACGGGGCGGGAGGCAGCCAAGAUCCUGCUCUCCGGCAAGGACGGCGUGGUGAGCCUCAACCUCUUCUACACCGGCAAGCAGGUGCUGGGCCCCACCAGCCUGCUCACCACCAACGGCGACGAGCACCGGCGGCUGCGCCGGCUCAUCGCGCAGCCCCUCUCCGUGGACGCUUUACGGAAGCACUUCGCCUUCAUCGACGGCCUCGCCGUGCAGAUCCUCGGCUCCUGGGCCGGCCGCGGCCGCGUGCUCGUCCUCGACGAGGCCUCGCAGUUCACGCUCAAGGUCAUCGCCAACAUGCUCGUCAGCCUGGAGCCGGAGGGCCCCGAGCAGGAGGAGUUCCGGGCCAACUUCAAGGCCAUCUCCUCCUCCUUCGCGUCGCUGCCGCUCAAGCUCCCCGGCACGGCCUUCCACCGCGGCCUCGGCGGCCGGAACCGGAUGUACGCCAUGCUGGACGAGGUGAUCGCGCGCCGCAGGGCCGGCGAGGUCCGCGAGGACUUCCUCCAGACGCUGCUCAUGAAGCACGCCCGCGGCCAGCAAGCCGGCGCCGCCGCGGCGUCGGACCCGGCGGAGGAGGAGAAGCUGACGGACGCGCAGCUCAAGGACAACAUCCUGACCCUGCUGGUGGCCGGCCACGACACCACCACGGCGGGCCUGACCUGGCUCGUCAAGUUCCUCGGCGAGAACCCCGACGUGCUAGCCAAGCUGAGGGAGGAGCACAUGGCGAUCCGGGCGGCGCACGACGGCGACGACACACAGCACCUGUGGUGGUCGGACCUGAGCAGCAUGCCGUACACGACCAAGGUGAUGAACGAGACGCUGCGGCGGGCCACCAUCCUGCCGUGGUACUCGCGCAAGGCCGCGCAGGACUUCAGCAUCGACGGCUUCGAGGUGGCCAAGGGCGCGUCGGUGAACCUGGACGUCGUGUCCAUCCACCACGACGCCGCCGUCUUCGCCGACCCCGAGCGCUUCGACCCAGACAGAUUCGAUGGGUCGCUGAAGCCGUACAGCUUCCUGGGGUUCGGCAGCGGGCCGCGGAUGUGCCCCGGGAUGAGCCUCGCCAAGCUCGAGAUCUUCGUCUUCGCCCACCACCUAGUCUGCACAUACGACUGGAAGGCGCUGGAGGAUGACGCCUCGGUGCAGCCGACGCUGGUGCGCAUGCCCAAGAACAAGUACCCCAUCCUCGCCACCGCGCUCCCCUGAACCCCAGCUGUUCGCUCUGACCCCAGCUCCGGCGAUGGCGAGGUGGCGACAUUUGUUUUCAGCAUGUGACAGACCGACACGCACUCUACUGAUGCUGUCAUCGGCAUGGUCAGAUUAUAUGGUAUCCUGAGGCUACUUGUAUUGUAUGGACCAACUAUAUGCAAACUUUACUUGUAUUAGCAAGUGAAACCAGCAAUCAUUUUUCUUAGUACAACAAUUCCAUACACAUGACAUGAACAGCUCAUGAAUUUAAACAAGGAAAAACAAGUAAAGUGAACAAAACAUUCUUUAGACACCACCAAACAUGUAAAACUUGCAAUGCCAUGUAAACUUAAUUUAAACAAGGAAAAACUCUUUAGAUGACCUAUCUGAUGGCCAUGUAAACUUGCAAUGCCACACUAUAAUACACUACAUACUAACGGAACCUGCUACUCCGGUGGUGCAUUGCCAAAGAAGAAUAGCCAGGCAGAGCUCAGCAUUACUCUGAUGCGCAUCUCUCGCGACGAACACGGCCCAAUGAUGCAUCUCUAGCGACCAACGGCACAGCUCAACGAAACAAGGAAGCAACAGCUAGCAAACUCCAGCGACCAGGUAGCAAGGCCGACCAACUGGGACAAACUCCAGUGACCAGGUAGCAAAGCCGAGCAACAGCGGCAAAGGCACAGACCAACAUUUUUAGGCAGGCUGCAGAGAAGUAGGGGACCUCCAAUGGCUAUGGUAUACUGGCACAGAUUGGAAUCAACCAACAUGACCUCAGUCAUUAUUAGACAACAACGGAAGGAAGAACCCAACGAAACCGAUCCAGAACAAAAUAAGCAACCCAAAAGGGGGCCUGCCAAAACAGAAGAUCAUUUAAGAUUGAUAGCUAAACUCAAUCUCGAAAACAGAGCAUUGAAAGAGAUUACCGGUUUGCUUUUCCUUUUACGGACCGAUGAUUGUCACCUCCCCCUUUUUCUUGCGAUGAAAUUUUCAAGCAAAGUUUAGCUGACCGUUUCCUUCCCGGUACCACAGGAACAACAACAUGGUAUGCCUCCCACGUAACCCACGUAUCCCGUAUGAGCACAACCAACAUGAUGGAGCAUCAACACACAGCAAGCCACCUCUCAACCAAGCAAGAACCACCGAGCAGCGUAUCAAGCAAACAUGCAGGGCCCAGAGCC